GCCCUUUCCUAGCCACUGUCAGUAACCACUUGAAGUAUUUAAAGACUGAAGGGUUCCUCUGGUUCAGACUCUUCAGCAAGAUACAGGAGGCAGAAGAACUCAUUCUGGUGUUGUCCUCAGACAACGAAAAGCUUCCAGAAUGCCAAAUUGGGGAGGAGGAGCCAAAUGUGGUGCCUGUGAUAAGACAGUCUAUCAUGCCGAGGAAAUCCAGUGCAACGGCAAGAGUUUUCACAAGACAUGUUUCCAUUGCAUGGCAUGUCGAAAAGCUCUGGACAGUACAACGGUAGCAGCUCAUGAAUCAGAAAUCUAUUGCAAAACCUGUUAUGGGAGAAAAUAUGGUCCCAAAGGAAUUGGAUAUGGACAAGGUGCAGGCUGCCUGAGCACUGACACUGGAGAACAUCUUGGUCUGAAUCUGCAGCAAUCAUCCCCAAAGCCUGCUCGUCCUUCUACACCUACCAACCCUUCCAAGUUUGCCAAAAAGUUUGGAGAUGUAGACAAAUGCCCUCGCUGUGGCAAGUCAGUAUAUGCUGCAGAGAAGAUAAUGGGAGGAGGAAAGCCUUGGCACAAGACAUGCUUCCGAUGUGCUUUUUGUGGGAAGAGUCUAGAAUCUACAAAUGUUACAGACAAAGAUGGAGAGAUUUACUGUAAAGUUUGCUAUGCAAAGAAUUUUGGACCUAAAGGAAUUGGAUUUGGUGGACUCACUCAAGUUGAAAAGCAAGAAUAAGCUCUCUCCCACCAAGGCUUAAACAGUAAUGCAGAGCAUAAGACGGCUACUAAGAACACUUUUUCAUUUAAUUGGAAAAAUUAAUAAGCUAUUUCUUACACAGCUUUUAUAGUAUAUUUUAGUGCCGGAAAGCAUUUCUUGAUGGCUGCUGUGCAAAACCAUUUCAGUUCUGAACACAAAAUACACAGCCUAAUGACUUAAAGUCAGAUAUUGUUACUUGUUUUGAAACAAAACAGAAUGAUAGUUCUGCUUUCUUGUACCCCAAAGAUACUUUACAUAUAGCAUGCACUCAAAAGGCUAUUGUUUUUAUGCCAAUUUAUAUAAUCUGAACCUACUCCCUACUUUACACUCUGUAGAAUUUUCUUAACAAAAUGGUACAUUAAAGAUAUGGUGUUGGUAUGUCACGAAAUAAAGGCAUUCAACUAUAA